GGCGGCCGGCCGGGAGGCGGCCUCGGCUCGCAGUAAUGGCAGCGCUGUGAGCGGGGGAACGCGAGCUGACAGCCGCCGCCGCCCACCUUCCGCGCCGGGCUCCGUCCUGCUCGCCCGCGGGCGGCCUCCCCUCCCCGGCCCCUGCCCCGCGUCCUGCCUCCGCAGAAGGUUUCAACACUAAACUUGCACAAUGUCUUUGAAACCAAGAGUGGUAGAUUUCGAUGAAACAUGGAACAAGCUCCUAACUACAAUCAAAGCCGUUGUCAUGUUGGAGUAUGUUGAAAGAGCAACAUGGAACGACCGCUUCUCAGAUAUCUAUGCUUUAUGUGUGGCCUAUCCUGAACCGCUUGGAGAAAGACUUUAUACAGAAACAAAGAUUUUUUUGGAAAGUCAUGUUCGGCAUUUGCACAAGAGAGUUUUGGAAUCUGAAGAACAAGUACUUGUAAUGUAUCAUAGGUAUUGGGAAGAAUAUAGCAAGGGUGCAGACUAUAUGGACUGCUUAUAUAGGUAUCUCAACACUCAGUUUAUUAAAAAGAAUAAGUUGACUGAAGCUGAUCUUCAGUAUGGCUAUGGUGGAGUAGAUAUGAAUGAACCACUUAUGGAAAUAGGAGAGCUAGCAUUGGAUAUGUGGAGGAAAUUGAUGGUUGAACCUCUUCAGACCAUCCUUAUCCGAAUGCUGCUUCGAGAAAUUAAAAAUGACCGUGGCGGAGAAGACCCAAACCAGAAAGUAAUCCAUGGGGUUAUUAACUCCUUUGUUCAUGUUGAACAGUAUAAGAAAAAAUUUCCCUUAAAGUUUUAUCAGGAAAUCUUUGAGUCUCCCUUUCUGAUUGAAACAGGAGAGUAUUAUAAACAAGAAGCUUCAAAUUUGUUACAAGAAUCAAAUUGCUCACAGUAUAUGGAAAAGGUUCUAGGUAGAUUAAAAGAUGAAGAAAUUCGAUGUCGAAAAUACUUAAAUCCAAGUUCAUAUACUAAAGUGAUCCAUGAAUGUCAACAACGAAUGGUAGCAGACCACUUACAGUUCUUACAUGCGGAGUGUCAUAAUAUCAUUCGGCAAGAGAAAAAAAAUGACAUGGCAAAUAUGUAUGUCUUACUUCGUGCUGUGUCCUCUGGCUUACCUCACAUGAUUCAGGAGCUGCAGAAUCAUAUCCAUGAUGAGGGUCUCAGAGCAACCAGUACCCUUACUCAGGAAAAUAUGCCAACACUAUUUGUGGAGUCAGUUUUGGAAGUACAUGGUAAAUUUGUUCAGUUAAUCAACACUGUUUUGAAUGGUGACCAGCAUUUUAUGAGUGCAUUGGAUAAGGCCCUUACAUCAGUUGUAAAUUACAGAGAGCCCAAAUCAGUUUGCAAAGCACCAGAACUGCUUGCUAAGUACUGUGACAAUUUGCUAAAAAAGUCAGCAAAAGGGAUGACUGAGAAUGAAGUAGAAGACAAACUCACAAGCUUCAUUACUGUUUUCAAAUAUAUUGAUGAUAAAGAUGUUUUCCAAAAGUUCUAUGCAAGAAUGUUGGCGAAACGUCUAAUUCAUGGGUUAUCAAUGUCUAUGGAUUCUGAAGAAGCCAUGAUCAAUAAAUUAAAGCAAGCCUGUGGUUAUGAGUUUACCAGCAAGCUACAUCGGAUGUACACAGAUAUGAGUGUCAGUGCUGAUCUCAACAAUAAGUUCAACAACUUUAUCAAAAACCAAGACACAGUAAUAGAUUUGGGAAUUAGUUUUCAAAUCUAUGUUCUACAGGCUGGCGCUUGGCCUCUUACUCAAGCUCCUUCAUCUACAUUUGCAAUUCCCCAGGAAUUAGAAAAAAGUGUACAGAUGUUUGAAUUAUUUUAUAGCCAGCAUUUCAGUGGAAGGAAACUUACAUGGUUACAUUAUCUCUGUACAGGUGAAGUUAAAAUGAACUAUUUGGGCAAACCAUAUGUUGCCAUGGUUACAACAUACCAAAUGGCAGUUCUUCUUGCCUUUAACAACAGUGAAACUGUCAGCUAUAAAGAGCUUCAAGACAGCACACAGAUGAAUGAAAAGGAGCUGACCAAAACAAUCAAAUCAUUACUAGAUGUGAAAAUGAUUAACCAUGACUCAGAAAAGGAAGACAUCGAUGCAGACUCUUCAUUUUCAUUAAAUAUGAACUUCAGCAGUAAAAGAACAAAAUUUAAAAUUACUACAUCAAUGCAGAAAGACACACCACAGGAAAUGGAGCAGACUAGAAGUGCUGUAGAUGAGGACCGGAAAAUGUAUCUCCAGGCUGCUAUCGUGCGUAUAAUGAAAGCACGGAAAGUGCUUCGGCACAAUGCCCUUAUUCAAGAGGUGAUUAGUCAAUCAAGAGCUAGGUUUAAUCCCAGUAUCAGCAUGAUUAAGAAAUGUAUUGAAGUUCUCAUAGACAAACAGUACAUUGAGCGCAGCCAAGCAUCCGCAGAUGAAUACAGCUAUGUCGCUUGAUGCCACUGUCCCCCAUGUGGAUAUGAGAAGAUCAUUGCCAUCACCAUUCGGUGUGUUCCUGUGGGAAAAAGCAGGCCUGUGCCUCCAUAAUUUGGUCAUUUGGCAGCCCCUGUUUUCUGCUGUUUACAACAUCACCAGUGCCACGUCAUGAGCGUCAAAGAAAAUGCCUAGAGAUAUUUCCAGCUCAUGUCAUCACGACAUUUCUUAAAACUUUAUGAAAGAAUGAGUGAAGUAUUGCUGAAAUGUGGAAAUCUGGUUGGGUACCAUGCUUUUUCUCCCCUUCACGUUUGCAGUUGAUGUGUUUUUUUUUUUUUUUUUAAUGUAUCUUAAAGGACAUAAAAUAAGAACUUAAAUAUUGUAAUAUGACAGAUAACCUAAUAAUUGUAUCUACAUUAAAAUGACAAACAUGAUAUUGCUGCUUGUCAAAUAAAAAAAUAAAGAAGUAGAAUGCCUUUUUUUAUGUGGUUGGAAUAUCAAGUUGGCCACAAAAUAAUACAUAUAAAUGUUCAUGAGUCAUCCAAGCAGUGGAUGCAAUCUUAGUUGCUGUUGUUUUUGUUUUCUCAGUACUGUGGUUUGAACUCAAGGCCUUCUAUUUUGCUAGGCAGUUGCUCUACAACUUGAGCCACACCCCGAGGCCUUUUUGUUCUCACUAUUUUUGGACUGGCCUAGCUUGCUGUCCUUUUAUUUAUACUUCCCACUUAGUUGGGAUGAUGCACACACCACUAUGCCCAGCUUUUAUUGGUUCAGUUUUAUUGGGGUCUCACCAGCUUUUUGCCCUGGCUGUUCUUCAACCGUGAUCCUCCUGAUCUCGGCCCCCCAAGUUUGUAGAUGUAAGCCAUUGAGCUUCCAGUUUUAUUUCUUAUCCGAGUAGCUUAAUUCACUUGGACUUCUGUUAACUCCAUGAAAAUGUCCUGUCUGCAUAAAGAUGCAUUUAGCACAAACAUGCUUUAUUUAAAGAGUAGAACAAUAAUACCCCUGAGUAUUUUGCAUAUUGAAAAUAGAGUUUCUGGUGCUAUGCUAUCAUAGGAAAGAAGCAGGGGGGGGGAGGUAGGUAGUGACCUCAGACCUGGCAUAGAAGGAACUUUCCAUUCACAUUUCAUUCACAUUUAUCUUCUGUGCUCAUGAAACAUCAGUUCUGACCUAGAAUGAUAAUGCUCACUCUGCCUCCCCUGAGUUGUAGAAAAUUCUGUGAUUUCACAGUUCUUUCCAGCUCGCCCUCUUUGUCAUUUGUCCCCUUCCUUCCCCAUUGUUGACAAGCAGGUUCAGUCUGCAUGGCACACCACAACAGUGCUCCUUAGGGAGGAUGUGAGAUUCCAUUACUUCAUUUGGUCCACAUCAGCAGACAUGUUGAACACUUUGUUUGAUCAUGUUUCUAUCUGCCCACAGUCCUCAUAGCUUUACAGGGUUUUUUCUAACCUGGAAUAAAGCGUAUCUCACAACUAUUUCACUUAUGAUACUUUUGUUUGUAUCUUUAACAGAUAGGCCUUAUGAAAAACCAAACUACAACUAUUCCCAGCAAAUAAAGAAUAAUUACUUGA